AUGUCUUCAGCAAAACGGCCCUUGGAAGAUCCUUCUUCACCUUCUGCCCCCACUGACUUACCAGACGCCAAACGCCCAGCGUUAGACAAGGUGGUCAGAGAAGAUGCAGCGGCCGAGGGCUCUGCUACCCUCAACAGCGGACCAGCUGAAGGCCCAAAGCCCAACGAAAAGCACCCAUUGCCAGCGCCUGUCACAAAUGGGUCAUCCGAAGCACAUGUUGAAGGCGCUGCAGCAGCAGGCACCAAGGGAGCACCAGCCGCUGCGUCGCCGGAGACGCAGUCGCAAAGUGCUGUUUCCCAGACCGACCGAGCCACGUCUCAGACACCGUCUAUGCCGCCGCAAGACGAGACGAACUGGAUCCAUAUCCGUGCCGUCAUUUCAAGUGCUGAAGCUGCAACCUGUAUCGGCAAAGGGGGCGAGAACGUCACCCAGAUCCGAAGACUCUCUGGUGCCAAGUGCACCGUGAGUGAUUAUUCAAGGGGGGCAGUUGAGCGUAUCUUGACUGUUAGUGGUGCUCAAGACGCCGUCGCAAAGGCUUUCGGCCUGAUCAUUCGCACCUUGAACAACGAACCCCUCGAAGCUCCAUCAACUGCGCAAUCCAAGACCUACCCACUGCGACUCCUAAUUCCUCACAUCCUCAUCGGCUCCAUCAUCGGAAAGUCUGGUGUGCGCAUCAGAGAAAUCCAGGAAGCCUCGGGUGCUCGCCUCAAUGCCUCGGACUCAUGCCUGCCUCUUUCUACUGAGCGCUCUCUAGUUGUACUGGGCGUUGCGGAUGCAGUUCACAUUGCCACGUACUACAUUGCUGUUACAUUGGUUGAGCAAUUGACGGAACGUUUCGGCGGCCCUGCUGCGUCCGCUUAUGCCACAAGAAGUGGUGGUCCAGCAGGAGUUGUCCCUGGAGGUAUGCAGGUUGUGCCAUAUGUUCCACAACCAGCCGGGGGUCAAUAUGGCCAUCCAGACAUGUACAAGAGGCACAAUACACAUCCACCACAACGAUUGCCCCCUCAACCCUAUGGCGCCCCGCAGAUGCAUGGUACUCCGCAGCAGCCAUAUCCUCAGUUUGCUCAACCGUACGCAGCAGCGACACCACGAACUCCGAGCUAUGGGGUUGGUCCACAGCAACCCGCAGCGUAUGGUCAAAUACCGCCUCAGCCUGCUGCUCAUGGACAACCUGCUCAGCCAGCCCAUGCGAUGCCGGGACAGCCAAUCACGCAGCAGAUCUUCAUCCCUAACGACAUGGUCGGUGCAAUCAUCGGCAAAGGCGGCGCCAAAAUCAAUGAAAUCCGGCAUCUCAGCGGAAGUGUGAUCAAGAUCAACGAACCGCAGGACAACAGCAAUGAAAGAUUGGUCACCAUUACCGGGACUCCAGAAUGCAAUCAGAUGGCGCUGUACAUGCUUUAUUCCAGGCUGGAAAGCGAGAAACAUCGGAUAUAG